AUGAGUUUCCGCUCGUGGGAUCUGCAAGAAUUUCCUCUGCUGCAGAGCACGACUAAGCAUUCGUGGACCGUCAAGACCACUACUCAGCUCAAGAAGCCGCGAUACGUCAUCUUUGCGUUGCAGACUGGUCGAAAGAGUAACAUAACGAGAGCGAUAACUCGAUUCGACGAUUGCAAAUUAACUAACGUGAAACUUUAUCUAAACUCGGAAUUUUAUCCUUACGACGAUUUGAACCUCGAUUUCGGUAAGAAGAGAUAUGCCAUCCUGUAUGAUAUGUACACGCGGUUUUGCAAAUCGUAUUAUGGAAGCAAUCAUGAUGAGGUGCUUCUUCCCAUCGACAAAUUUGGUUUUUGCGGCCCCUUCGUCGUCAUCGAUUGUUCGCGACAAAGCGAAUCAGUGAAGACUGCCACCGUCGACGUGCGAUUAGAGUUCGACUGUAUGGAAGACAUAUCAGCGAAUACUACAGCCUACUGUCUCAUCAUACACGAUCGCGUGGUUGAAUACAGCCCGUUGACCAACGUUGUGCGCAGAAUCACUUAA